AUGAGCGGUACCCCGUUCACGAAACCCCCCACGCGGAUCCCCGUACCGUCGAGCCCCCUGCCGCUGCGCCGACAAAACAGCCUCCCGGCGCGCGUCGCGACGCCGCCUCGCUCCGGCGCCGGCGCCGCCCAUCGAUUUUCCCAGCGUGAAAGCGCGCUUCAGUCUCCUCCGAGCCCGCCACGGCGACGUUCCUCCAUGGAGAAGCCCGCGCCACGACCGGACAGGGUGAAGAUCGCCAAGGGGGCCCCCGCCUGCGGCCCCCGGUCGCCGGCGCGCCUUCGCAGCCUGUCUUUGUCGCUUUCGAACGCCAAAAUAGCUGGUAACAGCGGUAAUUCCAGACCGUCCCCCGUGCGUCCCAUCACCGGGGAUUCCAGGAACUUUUCGGCCGGUGCUAUCGAUAAUUGGGACAACGAAAGCUUGACCAGCGUCGGAAGCGUUAAUAGCAUUGCGUCCUGUGAUCAUUCCAGCAUCGCCUGUAACGGUACUACAUUCUCCGGAAGAAGCAUGAAGUACGUGUUCCAUUGCAACCAAACCGCCGGAGCGCCGGGCGACGAGUACCUGACGCCCACUCAGCGCGCCCACAAGCAAGUCAAGAAGCUGAAACACCUGCUGCAACAGGCCCGCAAGGACCUCGACGACAAGGACAGCGACAUACUCAGGCUCACCAAGGAGGUGGUCGAGCUGAGGCUCUACAAGGCCGCCCUCGGCUCCCCGGAAGAUCACUCCAAUUCCAGUGACGUCGUGACGGUGAGGGAAAACGUGGGCGAUGAGACGACGCCCGAUGGAAUGGGGGCGAUCAACGAUCUGAGCAAUUCCUGCGGGGAUUCGGGUCAUUUCGAAGACUGCACCAGUUCGUCCGUAAAUUCGAAGGAAUCCAUGUGUUUAGACGAUUGUAGACCGGCGAAUAAACCGGAGAGAAGGGCCAGAUUGGAGAAGUCUACCUCGACCGAGCAGGAGCUGGAGCACCGGCGGAUAAUCGAGGAGUACGAGCGCCGGUUCAGGGAGCUGGUGCGCACCCACGAGGAGGACUGCCUGCACGUGAGGCAGAAGCACAACGAGAAGGUGGAGGAGCUGCUGACGAGGAUCAACGAGAUCAACACGCGGUAUUGGCAGAUGGUGCCCGAAUUGGAGGCGGCCAAGGAGCGGAUCAAGGAGCUGGAGCAACGGUUGGAGGAGGCCGGCAGGAAAUUGGAGGAGGCCGGGUCGCGGUCGCAGGAGGCGGUGCUCGAAGGUGGCGAGGCUUUGAUGCGGCACCAUUCGAAGAUGAUAGAAUUGGCGCAACAGCACCCGAGCAGGGUGUCGGUGCCGGAGUUGCUCAACGAGCUGCAGGUGACUAAAAAUGAGUUAGAAAAUAUCAGGGACGUUGAGUAUGAAUCAACUUCUAAUAAUUCGCGGCCCCUGUUGAGUGCCAAAGAGGCACUUUCAUUGUGGGUGCUCGGUGCGAGAAAGGCCAUGUACAGGCAGCUGAUAGAAAUGAAAAACAAGAACAAAAUCGAUCCGGAAAUCACCCUGCAAUUCCUCAAAUCGGCUGUGUAUUACUUUUUAACGGAUAAGGAAAACAGCCAGGGGCAUUUGAAGGCCAUCCAAAGCAUCCUGGGGUUUUCCCCUAGCGAGAUAUCGAACAUCGAAAAGGCGAGAUUGACUUGA